AUGGUCGAGCCCCAUGUGUCACUGAAGAAGGGAUUGCCAUGGCUUAAGCGUUAUAAAGAAGAAAAGAAGAAGAAACUAGAGAAAGAGGGGAACGGUCGGAGACGCGUCACGAAGCGGCAACGUCAACAGGAAGAUAAUGACAGUGACUACGAGUCAUUAGAAGACAGUAGCAGUACGAAGGAGACGCAGCGUAGAAUGCUGACUAAAAAGGACCAGACAGACACUUUUGUACGACGCAAACGGCUUUAUAGAGCCCCUAAAAAGGAGCAAAACAAAACGCCAAAUACUACAAUCUCUGUAUUGGCUAAAGCAACAGCUUUGAGAGAGAAGAGGAAGCACAAUUUGGAUAAGCGACGGGGAAUUGCUCGAGAGAAUGACAGAAUUGCCUUGAACGUUACACAAGACGAGUCGUCUCGUGCGAUUCAAUUGGUGCGGAAUGAACAGACGAUUUCUACUGGCAAAGAAGUUGAUAUUGAGGUGAACAGUGAACGGUGGAAACGAAUGUCACGUGGACUGAGGAGAAGAAAUCUUACAAACAAACUUUCUGCAAAGUGCCAACUGCUGAAGACUGCUGCUUUAUCAACGAUAAAGACUAAGAAUGAACAUGUGGACCUUUCUAAUGUCGCAAUGGGCAAUGCUCUUCACUCUUUGAAGCAAGAGGAAGAAGAUGAUGAUGUGGGGCCUCGUUUUGUUGCUGAAGUCACUGCUGCUGAGCUAACGAAGCAUGAUGACAAUGAAGAAGAGUUGAUGACGACCCCCGAGCCAGUUGAGCACGAAGACCACGAUGAAGUUUUGCUUGCAGUCACUAAGAACGACACUAGUGAGCUGGAUAAGCUGAAACGCAACGGGGAACCUGGAAGUACACCCUCAAGACCAGAGAAGGCUGAGAUUGGUGUGAUAGCGAAAGCCAAAACUACUGAGGAUGCUAAGAAGGUUGUAACUACAGCGAAAUCUGAAGAAGCAGGUGCAGCGCAGGAAAGUUUAGGGGCUGCUUUGACCCCCACUGUCACAUCAAGCUAUCCUGUGAAGCAUGAAUUUCACGAUAAGAUGAAAGAUGAGGUACUUGUUGACGUGAAAGCCGCACCCAGGCUUGUAAAAAAGGAAGGCAAUGACGAGCGACAAACAGAGUCACAUGUGGUCACACAAAUUGCGGGUGGAUCAGUAAAAAGUGAAGACGGGGCAGAAAAAAACAGCAGCGAGGAGGAAAGGAAAGACCUGGUGCUUGAGAUGAUGCCAAUACCCCGCAGGAGGAUGAAGGCAGGAGUUUCAACUGCGUUGUCAACCGCUGAAUCGUUUGUCAUUCCAAAGCGAUCGUGUGGGAAUAGUGACAAAGGUGAGACGGCGGUCGCUCAACAUGCCUCCGUUGCCCACUCCUGGAUCGAGUCCAAAGUUGUCAAAGGUGGUUGA